AUGAAAAAGGUCAACCGCUUCUUUGGAUCUUUACGAUCUGCCUCUCAUGUCCUCGCGGCUCCUCCGCCAGUCGCUUCUCGCCCAUCACCCCUCGCGGCUUUGCCUAAUGGCAAUCUGCUAAGGUCCCUAUUCAUAGCGGGGAUCUCAUCGAAGAAAGUAUUCCUCAUCCCUUGCCUCAAGAUACUUUCUUUCCUCUCACAGCCCGGAAGAGGCUACCUGCUCAAUGUCGACAAGAAUCCUCUGAUUCAUGCAAUACUCAAGAAAACGUUCUACAAUCAGUUCUGUGCCGGCGAGACGGCAUGGGAGACGAGACAAUGUGUCCGCCAUCUCAAAGACCUCGGCUUCAGCGGUGUCAUUCUUACAUAUGCUCGUGAGACGGUCUUCGACCACCGGUCUGAUAGGGCAGCCUUGAAAAGUGCAUCUGAGCCUAAAAGUGCUGUUGGUUCCGAUGUUGUAUUCUGCAAGCACAUUGACGAGUGGCGAAGUGGUACGCUCGAGACGAUGAAGUUGAUCGAGGAUGGGGAUUAUCUCGCGCUCAAAUUGAGCGGAGCUGGUCCCAGUGUUACUGAAGCCUUCGCCACCGGUCAACCCGCGCCACAACAAUUCACCGAUGCCCUUGAGGAAAUCUGCGCCAAGAGCAAGGCACGCUCAAUCAGAGUCAUCGUGGAUGCUGAAUCACAACACUUCCAGAAGGGCAUCGCAGCGGCCACACUUGACGCCAUGCGCAAAUUCAACCGUGAUGGCACCGCCGUCGUCUACAACACCUACCAGGCCUACCUGAAGCGCACGCCGGACGUGCUCGCCCAGCACCUCGAGGCGGCCAACAAGGACGGAUUCACUCUGGGCCUCAAGCUUGUGCGCGGCGCUUACAUCCUCUCAGACGACCGCUCCUUGAUCCACGACUGCAAACAGGACACCGAUGAUGCAUACAACGGCAUCGCCAGGGGCGCGAUCAAGCAGCAAAUUGGCGAGUUCGGGGCCGAGGGCGGCAAGCCCUUCCCCUCAGUGAACCUCUUCCUGGCCAGCCACAACAGGGAGAGCGUCCUCGGAGCACACAGGCUGCACCAGGAACGGACGAGGCAGGGCCUCCCCACCGUGCCUGUGGGAUACGGCCAACUGCACGGGAUGUCGGACGAGGUGAGCUUCUCGCUGCUUGCUGAGAGGACCGGGCCAAGUUCCGGCCCGGAGGUCUUCAAGUGCUCUACGUGGGGAAGCAUGGGCGAGUGUGUGGCCUAUCUGCUGCGGAGGGCGGUUGAGAACCGCGAUGCGGUCAUGCGGACGACUGACGAGUACACGGCACUCAAGUCCGAGGCAUGGAGGAGACUCAAGUUUGGAUCGUGA